GGGGAGGGGCUGGGGAGGAGGAAAGAGGAACCGGGGAGAGCUAGGGCAGGGGGUUCAGCUUCACUCUGGCCGAAGUGCUUCAUCCUCCCUCUCCCCCUUUUGCUGCUGGGACAGCUGGGCUCCCCCUGCCUCACUCACCGGCCAUGGUCAGGGAAAGCAACCCAUGCUGGACUCAGAAGUGUAGGUGCUUCCUGCUGGGACUCUUGAUCAUCCUCAUCCUCGGAGCGAUCGUGGUCCUCUCGGCCGUGGUCUUGGCCCGCAGGAAGGAGCCACCUGCCGAGCUGCCCCAGUGGAAGGGAAGAGGCUCCACGGCCAACCUGCAGGAAAUCCUGCUGGGGAGAUGCUUCACGUAUGCCGAGCUGCUGCACCCGGAGCUGAGAAAGGAUUGUCUAAAAAUAUGGAAAGCUUUUAAAAAAGCAUUCAUUUCCAAGAACCCAUGCAACAUUACAGAAAAAGAUUAUCAGCCACUAAUGGCAUUGGCUGCUCAUCCUAUACCUUGUAAUAAGACCCUGCUUUGGAGCAAGACCAAUGAGCUGGCUCAUCGUUUCACCAAAGUCCGUGGUGAUCUGCUCACUCUGGAGGACACAUUGCUGGGCUACAUGGCUGAUGGACUCAUGUGGUGUGGAAGCCCUUCAAAUGCAGAAAUGAACUAUCAGUCUUGCCCACAUUGGCUUGAAUGUGCCAACAACCCGAACUCAGUAUAUUGGAAGAUGGCAUCCAGAAUUUUUGCAGAAGCAGCCUGUGGGGUGGUCCAUGUGAUGCUCAAUGGGUCAAUCAGCCAGCCCUUUGGAAACAGCAGCAUUUUCGGGAGCGUGGAGGUUCACCGUCUGAAUCCCAACAGAGUCCACCUGAUGAAGGUCUGGGUGAUACACAACCUCGGCGCGCAGUCAAGGGACUCAUGUUCAACAUCUUCCAUCAAGGAGCUGAAAUCCAUUUUAGAAGGCAGGAACAUUGAGUUCUCCUGCGAGGGUGACCACAGGGCCGUUCAACUCAUCCAGUGUGUGGGAAACCCCGAGGAACCAGCCUGCAGAGCCUGUUGAACGGAGCCUUGAAGUGCCUUUGGAACAGAAGCAUAUUAUGCAGUGUUAAUUUGCCUUCAUCUAGAACAGCUGGCACAGAGAAGGCAAACAUGUCAAGGAGAGAAUCUCUCAUGAUCUAGACGACCUUCCGAGGGCAAGCUGGUUUAAUUCAAACACGGAUGCUUUUGUGCCUCAUGAAAACUCGACAAAAAUGAUUUACAGUAAUCGUGUUUUAUCUGGGGCAGCUAGGGGACUCUAGAGUGGAGAGAGCACCGGCUCUGGAGUCGGGAGGCCCCGAGUUCAAAUACGCCCGAACGCACUUAACAUUAGCUGUGUGAUCCUGAGCGAAUCAUCCUAUCCCCAUUGCCUCAGGAAAAAACCAAGGAAACAAACAAGUAGCAGUUAUGAUUUAGCUAGAUGUUCUGAUAUUUGGCAAUAAACAAUUAUUGGAUCAAGAUAGGAGCAUGACAUUUGUAUCAAAUAACUUAUUAUUUAGUGUUUCUCCAUAAGAAACACGAAAGUGUCGUGUCUACAUUGGUACCGUACUUCUACUGAAUAUAUAGCUAUAGGUAGAUAGAUAGAUAUCCCAAGGAACAUUGAUUUGCAUCCUAAUAAGUGCCUUUCAUUUGGUGCUUUUCCAAAAGCACGGGGCUUCCAUUUCUGGGGAUCUGAGUGCAUUUCUCCUGCCAGUAUUUCUACGUCACCAAACUAGCUGUGUAUCAUUUAAGCCUCUCUGCCUCGGUUUUUCCUUUCUGUAAAAUGGAGAGAAUAACUGUAUCUACCUAUUAUGGUUCUGGCAAAGAUGAAAUGAGAUAAAAGAUGUCAAGGAUUUUGUAAACCAUACAGAGCUAAUGCAAAUGCAUAUUAUUAUUAUCAUAGUUAUUGUUGUCCUCUGGAAGCCCAGAUGAAAACUUCGACUUCCCCACGUUUGCUUUCUUUUAGGCCAGACUGGCUUUUUCUUGGGUCUGGCUGAUUCGGACACUUGUCCGCCAGCCUUUCUUCCCCAUUUCCUCGGGGACCUCCUUUUGCUCUAGACUAGCGACCCAAGACCUCCUGGAAGGGGACGGGCUGCCUCCAAGCCCAGCCAUCACCACUGGGAAGUUUUCCCCGGCAGGGAGCUACGCUGCCAGCCCUGCCCUCUGAGCCCACCGAGCGAGCCCCAGACCCCCCACCCCCUCUGGCUAGUCCAGCUUGCCCACGAGAGCGAUCGUUCUGGAGCCAAGCCCCCCGCCCCAGAGGGUAAAGGCCUUCCUCCGAGAAUCGCCCUCCCCAUCAGUCACCUCUCUAGGAUAGAGCUUUCUACCGCGGAGGAAGCUUGCGCACACGCCCUGCUGCCAAGGGCUUUGGUGCUCCGGGAGCGGGGCAGCUUCAUCCUUAGGGAGGGAGAAGCAGGGCACUGGGUCAGAGGGGACCUCGGCCCCUUACGGCUCUAGGCACUUCACCCGCCAGCCUCCGUCUCCCGAGUUAGAGAAGGAAAUGGCGAACCCUGCGCUAUCUCUGAGAAACCCCCAGCGGGGUCAUGGGGAGCCGAUGGGACAAAGGAUGGAGCAACAAAAAUAAGUGUGUAUAAAUGCACACCCCCCCCCACAUACAUGUACUGCACACAUGUGGGCACAGAUACACAAUACAACACAUAAACACGUGUGUGCAAAUAUGUGCGCACAUACACACAUUUAUAUACACACACACACACACACAUACACACGAGAGACCUUAUGAGAAAGGACGCAAAGUGGGGAGGGCUUGCAGUCUCAAGGGUAGAAGGAGGAACACGCCCAUUCGCAGGCAAGGACAAAGAGACAGGGAUUGAGGGGGAGCCAUCUCCCUGCCCCCCCCCCCCAAAUCGAUGCCGAUCCUGAGCAGAGCUCCCCAGCACCCAAGCAGCGGCCCCCAUAGCCAUCCGCCCGUUACUCCAGACCUCACCCACUACCCACGUGCCCUUCAAGUAGGAAGCCGGGGGCAGAGGGGACCCAGCCCGGGAGGUUCCCAUUUCCUGUCUGAAGGGUUCUCACUGUCCUGGUCAAGGUCCAAAUGUGGAGAGCAGCUGUUUUAGCAGAAGGAAGACCUUUUUAGCUCUCUGUUGUUAUACGGAAAUAUAAUUAUGUAAUAAAGUCAUGCUGUUACUUUAAA